AAUGAUUCCUCCUACUUGGAAUGAAUUUCUUGAAUUUAUUAGUGAUAUUUAAGAUAAUGAGCUUGACAAACCUCUACUUUGUUAAUUCAUAAAGAUACCCAAUAAAUGCAUGACGUCUAUUUAAAUUAAAUAAUAUUUCAGCAAGGACUUUCAAAAGUAUAAAAACUAUUAUAGCAGUUUAGAGCUAAGAUUAAAAGAAGUUGCAAAUGGGGAGAUAGAGAAAAGUAUUUCUUGAUAUGGUGUGUAUCAAAAAUAAUAGCCAAGCUUCAGAUAAAAUUUCAAGAAGUUGUAAUACUUUUUACCUUUUAAAUAUGGUGUAGUACUUGUAUUAAGUGUUUGAGAAGCUCUCAAAUAUUUUGGAUCUUCCAGAGGAAUUUUUGUUAACAAAAUGGUUGAGUUUGCUCAAUUAUAAACUUAAAUUACAGCCUUGGAAACAAGAAGAAGAUGAUCUACUUAUUGAAUUAAGAUAGUAUUAAUUAUUUUUAGAGUAGGCAAUAUUCAGGACCAAAGGACUGGACGAUAAUUACAAGGGAAUUUAUAAAAAGAAGUUAAACUGUAAGGUAUCCAAAAUAAAUUCGCGAGAGAUUUAAUAAUGUUAUCAAUCCUAACAUAAAUAAGUAACUAUUUACCUGAAUCUAGAAAUGAAUUCAAUAAAGAUGAAAUACUUUUUAUUUUUCGAGAAGCUUAGAAUAAGGAUAAGAAUUGGGCUGGAAUUUCUAAAAUAAUGCCUGGCCGAACUGAUAAUUAGAUCAAAAAUGUUUAUAACUCUAUAAUAAGAAAAAUUUCUAAUGAAAUGAGAAUGGUAAAUACAAAUAUAAUUUAUAAGAACUAUUAUUCUGAGGUUGAUGAAUAAGUUAUUCAAAAUCUAAUUAUCCAAUAAAAUAAUUAUGAUCCAAAAAUGAUCUCAUCUCUUUUAGAAGAAUUUAAAAGAAAGAAACCUUGUGUCAAGACUGAAUCAUGCUCAGAUUAUUCUUAAACUUCUGAACCGUAUUUUUAAGGCGUUCCUUUCCAAAUGGCCUGCCCUUAUAUUAGUUAUUCGCCAUUCCAAUUCCAGAAUAUCUAUUUUUGCUUUCCCUAAUUCUAUCUUUUACCCCAUUAGAGCCAAAUAGCAACUCAAAACUUUAAUGAAACCUGAU